GCCUUUCCAGACAACAGUCCAGCCCACGGCGGUCUGUCUCUCGCCCCUUGCCCCCCGCCCUACCCUUCGUGAAGCUUCCUAUCGCAGCCUGGCAGGAGCGUCGGAAGCGGUUUCCCCAGGGAACUGCAGUCCAAAGAGGCCCCCUGGUGUUUUUGGAACUUUCCAGAAUCCCCGGGCGCCAGCGCCCCCGUGCCAACACAGAGAGCAGUCGAUCUUGUGUGGGCGCGCCUGCUGGAGCCAGGGGCGCAGGCUCGGACCGGGGCGCGCAAAGCUGGCUCUCGCCAGAGGAGUCCUUGGAAAGUGCGGACACUUUAAAGGAGACUUUACUGGCAAAGGGGAUUGCCACCGCGACGCUGGGGCUUAUAAAUCGCGUCCUAAUUCAUAAGGGGUAAACUGAGGCCCAGCGGAGAUGAGUGACUUCACCAGGGUCACUAGGAGGAAGAAGCGGGAAGGAUAAAAGAUUGCUGGGACAACCAGGAAGCCCCUGCGCUCUCCACGUGUAGCAAUGCCAGUAUCUUUCGAAGGAUAAAUGCCAUGUUGGAUAAUUCUCUGGAUUUCAGUAGAGUCUGCACUACACCCGUAAAUCGAGGAAUUCAUGAUCAUUUGCCAGACUUCCCGGACUCUGAAGAAACAGUCUCAAGCAGGAUGCUUUUCCCCACCUCUGCGCAAGAGUCUCCCCGUGGGCUCCCAGAUGCAAACGACUUGUGCCUUGGCCUGCAGUCCCUCAGCCUCACAGGCUGGGACCGAACCUGGAGCACCCAGGACUCAGACUCCUCAGCCCAGAGCAGCACACACUCAGUACUCAGCAUGCUCCACAACCCUUUGGGCAGUGUCCUGGGGAAGCCCCCUUUGAGCUUCCUGCCUCUGGACCCCCUUGGAUCUGACUUGGACAAGUUCCCAGCACCCUCAGUGAGAGGAUCCCGCCUGGACACGCGGCCCAUCCUGGACUCCCGUUCGAGCAGCCCUUCUGACUCAGACACCAGUGGCUUCAGCUCAGGAUCAGAUCAUCUGUCAGAUUUGAUUUCAAGCCUUCGCAUUUCGCCCCCUCUGCCCUUCCUGUCUCUGACAGGGGGUGGUCCCAGAGAUUCUUUAAAAAUGGGGGUUGGUUCCCGAAUGGACCAAGAGCAAGCCGCUCUCGCUGCAGUCACUCCCUCCCCAACCAGUGCAUCAAAAAGAUGGCCAGGAGCUUCUGUUUGGCCAUCCUGGGACCUCCUGGAAGCUCCCAAAGACCCGUUCAGCAUAGAGAGAGAGGCCAAGCUGCACCGGCAGGCUGCAGCUGUGAAUGAAGCUACGUGCACCUGGAGUGGCCAGCUUCCUCCCCGGAACUACAAGAACCCCAUCUAUUCCUGUAAAGUAUUUCUAGGAGGUGUUCCUUGGGACAUCACGGAAGCUGGAUUGGUUAACACCUUCCGUGUCUUUGGCUCUUUGAGUGUGGAGUGGCCUGGUAAGGAUGGCAAGCACCCUCGGUGUCCUCCCAAAGGUAAUACGCCGAAAGGGUAUGUGUAUCUGGUCUUUGAACUGGAGAAGUCUGUCCGGGCCCUGCUCCAGGCUUGCUCUCAUGACCCGCUGAGCCCAGACGGCCUGAGUGAAUACUAUUUCAAGAUGUCCAGCCGAAGGAUGCGUUGCAAGGAGGUGCAGGUGAUCCCCUGGGUCCUGGCCGACAGCAACUUUAUCCGGAGCCCAUCUCAGAGGCUGGACCCCGGCAGGACGGUGUUUGUGGGCGCUCUGCACGGGAUGCUCAACGCCGAGGCCCUGGCAGCCAUUCUGAACGACCUAUUUGGUGGAGUGGUGUACGCCGGCAUUGACACCGAUAAGCACAAGUAUCCCAUUGGGUCUGGUCGUGUGACUUUCAAUAACCACCGGAGUUACCUGAAAGCAGUCAGUGCUGCUUUUGUGGAGAUCAAAACCACCAAGUUUACCAAGAAGGUUCAGAUUGACCCCUACCUAGAAGACUCUCUGUGUCAUAUCUGCAGUUCUCAGCCUGGUCCUUUCUUCUGUCGAGAUCAGGUAUGCUUCAAGUACUUCUGCCGGAGCUGCUGGCACUGGCGGCACAGCACCGAGGGCCUGCAUCACCACAGCCCACUGAUGCGGAACCAGAAGAACCGGGAUUCCAGCUAGAGGAGCCGGCCUGGCCUCGGGGCCAGUGGCGCCUCAGGCUGCAGGUCAGGCAGCAGCCUGCACCAGCCGCCAGGCCACUGGCCACCAGGGAGCUGGCUGCCCGAGGACAAGGGAAAAUCGUAGUCACCUUUGCACUUGCUGAAUCUGUCUUUGUUUCUGCACUAAUUAAUGCACAAUGAGUUUUGUCGGGUUUUGUUUUCAGGGGGCGGGCCAGGGCAAGGACCCUCAGGCUCACCCUCCAAGCGACUCUGUAGUUUUCCCAGAUUUAGUUCCUCAUUUUGCCGACGAAAAAAGCAAAAAAGAACUACGUGUCCAGAAGGUAUUGACACGAUGCCUACAUCUAGGUUUAUUUAUUGAAAGCGCUUUUUUUACAUUCCUUGCAAUACCGACGGUGGUGAUGCGCAGGUCUCAUUGGUUUCAUUCUUGCAGUUGCCAUACAGUGCCUUUCCAUUUAUUUAACCCCCACCUGAACGGCAUAAACUGAGUGUUCAGCUGGUGUUUUUUACUGUAAACUACAAGGAGACUUUGCUCUUCAUUUAAACCAAAAUCAUAUUUCAUAUUUUACGCUCGAGGGUUUUUACCGGUUCCUUUUUACACUCCUUAAAACAGUUUUUAAGUCGUUUGGAACAAGAGAUUUUUUUUUUUUUGUUUCCUGGCAGCUUUUAACAUUAUAGCAAAUUUGUGUCUGGGGGACUGCUGGUCACUGUUUCUCACAGUUGCUUUUUGCAACCAAGAAAAAAAAAAAAUUUUGGAUUUGAAACUGGACCGGGUAAACGGUGUUGGAGCGCGGCUGCUGUAUAUAGUUUUAAAUGGUUUAUUGCACUGUCUUAAGUUGCACUUAUUUGGGGGGGAGGGUUGAUAGAAGUUUUUAAUCACAAAGUCACAGGACUUUUUUCUUUUGUAACUGAGCUAAAAAAGGGCUGCUUUUUGGUGGGGGCAGAUGAAGGCUCACAGGAGCCCUUUCUCUUACAGGGGACAAGUACCCUUUCCUGUUUCUUUCAUUUGAGAAAUGUGUGAAGCAACAGUUGCAGUCGACUGAAAUGCUACUGGAAUUUAAAAACUUGACUUUUUCUUUCUUUCUUUUAAAACCUACUUGCCCCUUUUUGGGAAGCUGUGUGCCAAAGAACCAGUGUCAUUACCCGCCCCCCCCCCCCCCCCCGCUGAGCUGACGUUGCAUUGUUGCAUAUCCCAGCUACUCUGUGGGUUUUGUGAAGCUGUGUGUGAAGUCUCUACCUCAUUGUAGUAUAUGCAGGCAAGACUGCACUCUCCUACAGAUGUGUGGAGUAAGCUGUGGUGUAGUUUUUUUGGCACAUAAUAAACACGUUGCAGCAGA